CAAAAAAUGGCGAGUCCUGAAUUAGCUGAAAAGCUGAAAAAACGUUUGGAUGGAACUGACCAAGAACCUGAAACAAAUCCGCACCAAGCACCCCCGCCGGCUCCAGUAAUACCACAGAAGAUUGUUGAGAAUCCAUACAUUCCAUCUGUCGACACUUCAAUAGAUGACUUGAUAUUCAAAGCGUUGGAGAAAAAAGAAGAAAAUAAUAACAACAACAACAAUAAUAAUAGCAACUCAACUACAACAACACCUUUGGAAAUCAAAACUGAGCGCAACCAACAACAUGAGCAUACCACAAUCGAUCCACGUAGUCCUCCUCCAAAGAGAUCAAUUCUGGAAUUACUAGAGCAAGAACGUCUGGAAAAUGAGCUUCAACAACAAAGCGCGCCGGUUCCAAAAACGCCGGUAAUGGUGAUAACAAAAGGUGCAUUCCCGAGAAGUGCCUCACCGAGAAGACAACAAUUCGUUCGGGAGAAUGAAGAUGGUAAUGAGCUGGAAAAACGACUGGCGGCACAGAGAAUGAAGAAAUACACAGAGGAAAUGGAAUCUCUCGUUCAGAAGCAAGUAGACGUACUCGAUCAGAUUAUGAGUAGUCCACCUCCGCCACCAACUUCCCCACCACAACUUCCUCCAACUCCUCCCGCUCGAAUCACAAGUGUCCGGUCCGACGAAUCAAUUGAAGAAGAGGAACGUCGUCGGAAGGAAUCCGAAGAGACCGCUUCAUUCGAAGAACUUGAAGCCGAAAUUAUGAGAAUCUCACGAAGCCCUGUACCUCCUCCGGUUCUCUCAAUUCCUCCACCACCACCGCCGAACAUUCCCCUUCCGACCAUCCCUCAAGAGGUUCAGUCUCCACCAUCACCUCGUCCAACAAGUGUUCCACCUCCGAUCCCUAGUCCAGGACCUUCAGAAGAUGUGAAUAUGGAUGAGUUGAUUGAAUCAUUUUCUGAUUCUGUGAUCUUCAACAAUUCAAUGUCGCCACCUCCACCAUUGCCCCCUCUUCGAGAGUCUUCAUUGGAAACGCUUGAAGUAACUCCAGAGGAUCCUGUGACAGAAUCUAAAGUUGAAGCUUCUCCUACACCACUACCAAAAGCAACUGAAUCUUUAAAUGAAUCAAGCAUUAAGGCCCUAGAAGGCCUAGAAGUUAAAGCCCUAGAAGCCCAAGAAGCUUCAGAUGAUCGUCCAUCAGCUCCAACACCAAUCAGAGACUCAUCACUUCCACCACCACCGCCACCAAAACCAGAAACACCACUGGCUAUUCGCCGAGCAGGUCCAAUCCCAACUCCACAACUUCUGGAGAUGAUUCAUCAAGAGGAUUGCAGCAUCCGCCCCUCAUCGCCUACCUCUGUCUCUCACGGCAGCCGACCACAAUCUCCGGCAGUUCCCAAGAAACCAUCCGUAACGGUCAGUCCGUUGGGAUUGCUUUGUGAUCCUAAUUUGUCUAUCGAGAAGCCGGAAGAAAUGAAGACAGAAGACACAAAACCGGUUGAGACGGCUCCAGCUCCCGUUGAUGAAGCCGAGCUUAAUGAUGCAUUGGAUAGAAGGAAUAAAAUUAAUGAAGGCGAGAAUGUUCCGUUGAAGAUGAACAAGAAGAUCUCACUGUACGCCGAGUUCAGCGAGUUCUCACGCAAGCAGAUUCAGUACUUCAGUGGCAUUUUCAAGAAAUACGAUGAGGAUCAGGAUAGUUAUAUCGAUUUCAAUGAGCUUAAACGAAUGAUGGAAAAGCUCGGAGAAGCGCAGACUCAUAUUGCGUUGAAGGAGUUGAUUAAGAAGGUUGAUGAAGAUCAAGACGGCAAAAUUUCGCAGCGAGAGUUUUUCCUGAUCUUCAGAUUGGCGGCCAGUGGAGAAUUGUCGUGCUCGGAAGUGUUCAAGACGCUCGCAGAAAGUGUUGAUGUCUCCAAGGAAGGUGUACUCGGGGCAGCAAACUUUUUCCAAGCAAAGAUUGAAGAACAAACGAAACUGUCUCGAUUCGAGGAAGAAAUGAAGGAGGAAAAGGAGGAAAAGAAGCGACAGGAAGAGGAAAAACGUGCCCGUCGGGAAAAAUUCCUAGCCAGCAAAUCCAUCUUCCAUUGAUCAAAAUCUUGUUGAACUCUAUUAAUUCCCAAAAAAAAUCAAAAUAUCAGCCCAGCAUAAUCCAUGAAAACUCAAAAGUUUAACUUUCACGAGAUCCCCAGCCCCAUGCCCCAUCAAAAACCGUAUUUAUUUUCGUCAUGUACAAGUUUCUCCACUUUGCUCAUCAUCCCGCUCAUGUCUCAUUUGAUACGUAAUAUGACACGUAAUAAAAAUAAUAUGUUCCUAUAUGAGACGUUGUAUUUUUUGUGUAUUUAGAACAGAAAAUUU